UAAUCUCCUCUUCAGCCAACCAUCUUCUUCCCACCUUAUCCUAACUCUUUCAUCCCUUCCCAUACAAACUGUACAAAGUGUCAUUUUUUUAUUUUUUUCUCAAUCUCCUCUGUUUUGCACUCACAAUCCCAUUGAAGAAGAUCCCCCAGAAACCGUAGCAAUCCAGUUUUUUGCAGAGUUAGAUUACAGCAGAAAUGGCAACCACAUCGGCUGCGCUUUCUUCGGCGAUGUACGCCGCCACUGCCGCCGUUGUGAGCUCGGGUCGCAGUUCAUCCCAAAAGAGAAAGAGUAACGUAGUAUACAUAAGUGGCCUGAAUUCCUUUGGAGGGUUGAAAGCCCACACCAAUGUGGCGGCGUUAGGCCUGCCCCUCUGCACUGAACAGUCAUUUGCAAAGGUGGUGAGCUCUCUGAAAUCAGCAUCCCAAAGCAAAGGAAGUGGUGGAGGAGCCCUCUCUUCUACGUGCGAUGCUGCAGGAGAGAUUUUCAAGAUUGCAGCUAUCAUGAAUGGCCUUACCCUCGUUGGAGUUGCUGUUGGCUUCAUCCUCCUCCGAAUAGAAGCAACUGUGGAGGAAUCUGAGUGAGGAUCUGGAAAGUAAAAUAGCUUCAUUUCUGUUCUUUUUUCACUUCAAGACUCUGUUUCUCUGUCUCUUGUUCUUUUGAUUUUGGAAUCAUUAGUUUGACUGUAUAAGCAAGAUCAGGCAAACUGGGUUUCUCUGGAAUUUUCAUUAAGCAUAUAUACAGAUGGAUUAAGGGGGUAUGCUA